AUGAGCGCGAGGCGCAAGUUCUCUUCUACUGGCCCCGUCGAGCCAAUACCUCUCCAUGGAUCAAAACGGCGCAAGGUGUCUAAGCGGCAUGCAGAUUACUACAAGGUCAUCGCGCUUCCAAUUUCGCUUGACGCAGUGGUGGGGAAAUUGAAUAGUCACGAAUAUGCCACCCUCACAGAGCUUGAAAGCGACCUAAAGCGAUUGGUCAGCAACGCGAAAAAAUACAAUGAGAAGGGUUCUCUUCUAUUUGCCGAUGCAGAACGUAUUCGGAAGAUAGUUACCAACACCAUGCCCAAGAUCAACCCGGCGUAUAAUGAUCCUAAUUACGUCCCGUUCCCGACUCCUAUCCCCGAUCAAGUGCAAACACAAGCACCUUCAGAUGAAGACGCUGAUGGACAGGACCAAAAUGCGGAUGCUGAAAUAGACGCCGAAGAUGAGAAAUCCGUUCAACCUUCAGAUCAGGCGUUAGAGAAGGACGAACAGGAGGAAUUAAAUUUUGAAGGCAACACGAUACAACUUGCCCAAGAUAAAAUAAUAUCAGAAUUGAUCCACUUGAGAGACGAACAAGGAAGAGAAGUAGGCGCCCCUUUCCUUUACAAACCGGACCGCAACUUGUAUAAGGAAUACUAUGAAAUUAUACAACAUCCAGUAUCCUUGCGCGGCAUUUUGAAGCAAGUCCGAGGUAUCGAAGGGAGAAAGCCGCAUAGUCGAAAAACAGCGUUCCCAAAUUGGCGGUCAUUCGCAAAUGAGAUGGACUUUGUCUGGGGAAAUGCCCGAGAGUUCAAUGAGGAUGACAGCGAAAUUGUUGACCUUGCCAAAAUCUUAGAGGCACAAUUCAAGCGCCGCCUUGCUGAAGCAAAAAGUGUCGUCCCAGAUCCAGUACAGGAGAACGUAGAAGAAGCGAAUCCUCGAAUCAAGUUAAAACUAGGCUCCAGCAAGACGCCAGAACCAGCAUCUCAGCGAUUGAUGCUGAGAUUUACUGGUCAAAAAUCGUCCUCCGUAGAGGACAAGACGCCAGCAUCUGCCUCGUUAGAUGGGGACUCUGUACAAAGACAACAAGAACCUGCCAACGGGGAUAUAGCUGGACAGCGCUCUGCCCUGUCGACUACUCAGGAGAGCCGCGAAACGCUAGACUAUACUCGACUUGGUCCCACUGCCCAGGUUCUUGGACAAGGUAGUCCAAUGCCUACCAGUAUCAUAACCCCCUCACCAUCUCAGACGCCAAUACCUUCAACAACCAGCGCAGACGUACUGAUGCAUUCGAUGACAGGUGGUCACGGUCAAAUGAUCAAUCCCUGGCCAUCAGGGAAUCCUCCGGCUCAGCCAUAUCAGAGCUAUGCUUCUGUGGAAUCCAUCUUUCGAAGAGCUAGCCAGGAUGUCUCAGACGCUUUGAUCAAGGACUUGGCUAUAAAGUCGCACUCAAGCCUUGGAGUCCGGCCUAAAUUUUCCCUACAUUUUCCCGCUUCGCCCAUCUUGCGCCAGCAGUCGCUUGUGGUGAACAUCCCUGCAUCUCAGAACUUUUUGUCUCUGUCCGUCAAGAUCGCCCCCAGUACAGCGGAAAAACGGACAAAGUUCGUUGCCCUGUUUGGACCGCAGAAAGUCAUCCUCGCUCCUCAGCCUCAUUCACUCCCAAACGAGUUAUUCUACGAUAUCAGACUGCCCCUUGGCUUGACAAAGGUGGAUUUCCAAAUGGCAUCCUCGAUACGGCCAACUGGCCAGGAAAAUACUACUACUAUUCAUGCUGCUGAGGAUACGCGAGAGUUUGAGCGCUUGACGGUAUUUUUCCGACUGGUGCGAUAG